AUGGUUGAGAGAGAACAAGAAACAGACCAAUACAACUACCACCAAGCAAAGAAAAUCAGAGGAACCCCCAACCAGCCUGCCGCCAAGAAAACGAAGGGGUCAGCGACAGUCAAGUCAGAGAACUCGCAAGUUGCAAUGCCACCUCCAAAGCCACUGGGAAACUUGAAAGGAAAGUACGCCAUCGAAACAUUUUAUGCCUGCUGCGAUGACGAGUCUCAACGGAACCACGACGAGUUCUGCAGUAUACUCCUCUCCCCAGGAGACGGUGAGGCGCUGCGAGGUUAUCUCACUUUGGGCCGAAUUAAUUACACUGCACUCAUGCUUUUCGAUAAAUGUCUAACAGAACCUUCGACGCGCAAGGUACCAUUCAGGUGGCGCGGCAGGAGAAUGUUCAACAAGUUCAAAAUGUUCCGAGGUGACAAAAACUACGGCUGGGCGAAAUUUAUUGGAGAUGGCAAGAUCGAGGUUUCUUUUCAAGCUGAAACUCGAGCUCGUGGCGCAGAAAGGUCGGAGUAUUGGUGA